GAAAAGACUGUCUGAGGGAGAAAAAAACUUUAUUCAUUAUCAAAAUGACCUCACUGUCAUUCAGUAACAUCUAAAAUAUUAUUUUUUUUUAGCUGCUAUGGAUAUAUAAGUGAUUUAUAUUUUCCCCACAUAGUCAGCAGCUCUACUAACUUUGAAACUAUUUUUUAAAUAAUUUUUGAGAAGCAAGUGUGCAGGCGGCUUGUCACAAUGGCACUGGACACUGAGUUUGGUGUGAAGAGCAGCAGCAGCAUCAUCAGAGAAUGGAGUGGACAGGUCCAUCCUGCUCUGGUUGCCACCUUUGUUUUCCUCUUCUGUGUGGAAGCCUGCCUCUGGGUCAGGAACCUCAGGCUGAAGAGAAGACUGCCGGGACCUUUCGCUUGGCCCGUGGUCGGCAACGCAAUGCAGCUGGGCCAGAUGCCUCACAUCACCUUCGCCAGGCUGGCCAAAAAAUAUGGCAACGUGUACCAGAUCCGGCUGGGCUGCAGUGAUGUUGUGGUUUUGAAUGGAGAGAGAGCGAUCCGCCAGGCUCUGAUACAGCACAGUACCGAGUUUGCAGGCAGACCGAACUUUCUCUCUUUCCAGAUGAUCUCGGGAGGCAGGAGUUUGACAUUUACUAAUUACAGCAAACAGUGGAAAGCACACAGGAAAGUUGCACAGUCCAGCCUCAGAGCAUUUUCCUCUGCAAACAGUCAGACCAAAAAAGCCUUUGAGCUGCACGUUACAGCCGAGGCCAUGGAGCUGGUGCAGGCAUUAUUGCGUCAGAGCACUGAUGGACGGUAUUCUGAUCUUGUUCAUGAAUUUACAGUAGCUUCUGCUAACAUCAUGUGCGCUCUCUGCUUUGGGAGGAGGUAUGGACACGAUGACCUAGAGUUCAGGACCUUACUAAAAAGAAUGGACAAGUUUGGGGAGACAGUAGGUGCUGGUAGCUUGGUAGAUGUCAUGCCCUGGCUUCAGUCCUUCCCUAACCCAGUCCGUAGUGUCUAUGAAAACUUCAAGAACAUCAAUGAGGAGUUUUUUGGUUUUGUGAAAGACAAAGUGAUGCAACACAGAGAGUCUUUCAAUCCUCGGGUGACGAGGGACAUGAGCGAUGCCAUCAUCAGUGUGAUUGAGCAUGGAGAAGACAGCAGGCUGACCAAAGAGUUUGUUGAGGCAACAGUCACAGAUCUGAUUGGAGCAGGUCAAGACACAGUUUCAACUUUCAUGCAGUGGAUUGUCCUCCUUCUGGUCAAAUACCCAGACAUACAAGCCAAACUGCAGGAGCUCAUAGACAAAGUAGUCGGCCGAGACAGACUCCCAUCGAUUGAAGACAGAAGCAGCCUGGCGUACCUGGACGCCUUCAUCUAUGAGACCAUGCGCUUCAUCAGCUUCGUCCCCCUCACCAUCCCACACUCCACAACCUCAGACGUCACCAUCGAAGGGCUCCACAUCCCCAAAGACACGGUGGUGUUCGUCAAUCAGUGGUCCGUCAACCACGACCCUCUGAAGUGGAAGGACCAUCACGUGUUCGACCCCUCGCGCUUCCUUGACGAAAGCGGGGCCCUCGACAAAGACAAAGCCAACAGCGUGAUGAUUUUUUCAACAGGAAAAAGACGCUGCAUCGGUAAUCAGAUCGCCAAGGUAGAGGUAUUUAUAUUUACAGCAGUCCUGCUACACCAGUGCAGUUUUGAGAGCAGCCCUUCUGAGCCCGUCACUCUCGACUGCUCUUAUGGGCUCGCACUGAAGCCCCUUCCAUUCCGUGUCAGCACCAAGCUGAGAGGAAAGCUGCUUGGCUUAGUUUCCCCAGCAUGAACAGCUUUCCCCCAAAUACUGAGAGCCCAGCAAAUACUUUCCCACCUGUGACAUUUAGAUGAGAGUAGGCUAUCCAUAUACCUGCACUAAAUAGUAUGGUUGUAUGAUUAUCAUAUUUAACAGUGAUAUUUAAUUCAUAUCGUAACAUGUUCUGUAUUUGAAUUAUUGUCAGUGCAGGGCUGAGGACAUGAUUUUAAAGAUUUAUCUUUAGCUGCAAAAGGUCAAAAAGCAUGCUUGUGGACUCUUGUGAUACAGUGUAAAGGUAAUAGAUGUUUGUUUCACACUAUACUUGAUCAUUUUUGUACAUAUUUCUGGGCCGUGUGUUUGUCUUAUGCCUAUUAAGCAUGUGAGUGGAAAAAUUAGCUAAAACCUUUCAAAGUCAGUUUAAACUAUUAUAACUGUGUAUGAAAUGCUUGUGAAUGUCAUCAAGUCACUAGCUGACUUAUUGUUGUAACUUGUAAUAUGUAAAAUAUAUGUAUUUAACCAUUGCCACAUAAAGUCACAUAAAAAUGUUUAUAUAUAUAUAUAAUUUUGUUUUUUCAGGAAUUUAAAUUUAAGCUGUUUCACUAUCUACUGUACUCACAGAAAGAACAAAAUAAACAGAGUGUGUUGAUCAAAGGAGACAAAACUGACAUGUUUAUGAAGCUGGGCAGCCGAGCCGGAGUCUUUCAUCAAGAAGCGUACGUCCUUUUUUCAAAGGAUGAAGAAGUGAUGCUGCAGUGGAGAAUGAACUUCACAAACUUCAUGGACCCAGAUUUAACUUUUACUGUACAAGCACUCCAGCACUACCCUUGCCAAAUGCAUGUCUCCCCAGUACAAUGAAACACAUAUGCAGCAAAUUUGCAUAGACAUGUUUGUUUACAGUAACUUUUACAAAGCUACACGGAUGUCACUGCACUCUCUUAAAGCCACUAUAUUCAGGAAUCGAUGUUGCGAUGCCCAAGGGAUGUGUUUCUCUGUCUGCAUCGGGGCAAAGAUAAAAAUGAAAUAAACACGAGUAGGCUGUUAAGGCGUUAUUUUUGUGAUAAUGUUUUAACAUUCAAGACCUGCAGAGGCUCUAAAUAAUGCAAAAAUAAGCUGUAUCUGAAAUGAAUAAAAGUGAAUUU